AUUAUUAGUUUAUUUCGUUAGUAUCGUGAUAGACGGAGGUGUAAAUAGACUAAAGACAAUUUCUGUAAAAAUUUGAGAUACAAUUUGUUGUGUUUUUCAUUCGUUACACGAAGUAAUGUCAAUUUUGUUUUCAAGACUAAAUCACAGAAUUUUAAAAUCAUCAUCAGUUCAAUUGAGUGGAGUUAAUAAAAUGUGUACCAACAAUACUUCAGUACAUAGCGCUUCUAUAGACGAAGUACAUGAUGUUCCAAUGAGUGAAAUUCAUCGACCAUUCCCACCAAUUUUAGACGAAGAAAAAGUCCAGUCACUGAUGUCAACUUUAGAGAUCGAAGAAACUCAAGGCAAUGUCCCUCCAAUUGAUAUUCUAUGGAUUAAGGGUUCCGAAGGAGGAAACUACUUUUACAGUUUCGGAGGCUGUCAUCGAUUUGAAGCUCAUAAACGACUUAAAAGACCAACGAUAAAAGCUAAAUUAGUCACAUCUACCCUAAGCGAUUUAAGACACUACAUGGGAUCAAGCACACCGCAGAAUUUGAAGUGAAAAUAUCACACAAUAACUUAGUUUUAUAUUUGUUUAAACAUUUAUUUAAAGAUAUUUCUGAAAGUCUUAUUUAAAAUAUGGACAAUAUUUUACGUCAAAUGCUCAAUGUUAUUUUAUAUAAUACAAAAUAGAUGUACAUACAUACAUAAAUAUGUAUACCGUUGAUUGAUUCGAUUCGCAUCAAGCGAGAUAUGUAGUAAAAUUGUCUUGAAAACUUAAGUGACUCAAAUUUUUAUUUCAUAAAUAUACUACUCUUUGGGUAUUUUUAUAAAAAAAAAAAUUGUAUAAAGUGUUGUUACAAGAAAAUAUUAUUAUUUUAUGCAAUAAAUAAGAAACCAAACUUUCCUUUUAA